UUUCCAGUGAAGGCACGGCAGCUGGCUACGCUGCUGCAGGUAUCCCCUUGCCUGAAUGGGAAGGGCACAUGCCUUGGGGCUGCACUCGGAUUUCUCCGUCCAGCCCUGCAUGCCAACUGACGGGUAGCCCAAGCUUGCUCCGAGUCUCCGGUCAGCCUAGCAAUGGGUCACAGGUCGCACCGGGGAGACGCCGUUUGGCUGAAUCAGUGGCAGUCUCCCAGCUGAGCAGUCGCUGUGGCCUUUGGGCACCGGCCCCGCAGCAAAGAUGGCUCAGACAAACCCUCUGCCUGGCCCCAUGGGCCCGUGGAAGAUCACAGCCUACGACCAGGAAAACUUCCAGGGAAAGAAGAUGGAGUUCACCUCGGCCUGCCCCACCAUCAUCGAGUGCGGCUUCGAGAACAUCCGCUCCCUGAAGGUGGAAAGUGGCGCCUGGAUCGGUUAUGAGCACACCAGCUUCUGUGGGCAGCAGUUCAUCUUGGAAAGGGGCGAAUACCCACGGUGGGAUGCCUGGAGUGGGAGCAACGCCUACCACACCGAGCGCCUGAUGUCCUUCCGCCCCAUCUGCUGUGCUAAUCACAAGGAAUCCAAGAUGACAGUCUUUGAGAAGGAGAACUUCAUGGGACGCCAGUGGGAACUAUCGGACGACUACCCCUCCCUGCAGGCAAUGGGCUGGGGAAACAACGAAGUGGGCUCCAUGAAGGUGCAGUGUGGCGCCUGGGUUUGCUACCAGUAUCCUGGUUACCGUGGCUACCAGUACAUUUUGGAGAGUGACCAUCACGGUGGAGAUUACAAGCACUGGAGAGAGUGGGGCUCACACGCCCAGACCUUCCAGGUCCAGUCUAUUCGGCGUGUCCAACAAUAGAUGUUUGUGUUCACAGGCUCUCCUUCUUCAAGAGCGUCUUCACUGGAUUUCUAAAGCACACUGAUCCCUAUGGUGCUAGCACUUCCCCUUACAAAACAGAUUCCUUUCUUGUACUGUGACUGCUGUUAGGACAUCACUUCUUCAUGGUACUAA